AUGGUGCGAUGCGACCGCGGGCUGCAGAUGCUGCUGACCACGGCCGGAGCCUUCGCAGCCUUCUCGCUCAUGGCCAUCGCCAUCGGCACCGACUACUGGCUGUACUCCAGCGCGCACAUCUGCAACGGCACCAACCUGACCAUGGACGACGGGCCCCCGCCCCGCCGCGCCCGCGGCGACCUCACCCAUUCGGGACUGUGGCGGGUGUGUUGCAUCGAAGGCAUCUACAGAGGGCACUGCUUCCGGAUCAACCACUUUCCAGAGGACAACGAUUAUGACCACGACAGCUCCGAGUACCUCCUCCGCAUUGUGCGAGCCUCCAGUGUCUUUCCCAUUCUCAGCACCAUUCUGCUCCUGCUUGGAGGGCUCUGCAUCGGCGCCGGGAGGAUCUACAGCCGCAAGAACAAUAUUGUCCUCAGCGCAGGGAUUCUCUUCGUGGCUGCAGGCCUCAGUAAUAUCAUCGGCAUCAUCGUCUACAUUUCCAGCAACACGGGCGACCCCAGUGACAAACGUGAUGAAGACAAAAAGAACCAUUACAACUACGGCUGGUCUUUUUACUUUGGAGCCCUCUCUUUUAUUGUGGCGGAGACCGUGGGCGUCCUGGCCGUAAACAUUUACAUUGAGAAAAAUAAAGAGUUGAGGUUUAAGACCAAACGGGAAUUCCUUAAGGCCUCUUCCUCCUCUCCUUACGCCAGGAUGCCGAGCUACAGGUACCGGCGACGGAGGUCCAGGUCCAGUUCAAGGUCCACUGAGGCCUCGCCCUCCAGGGAUGCGUCUCCCGUGGGCCUGAAGAUCACCGGAGCCAUUCCCAUGGGCGAGCUGUCCAUGUACACGUUAUCCCGAGAACCGCUCAAGGUGACCACAGCGGCGAGCUACAGUCCGGACCAGGAUGCUGGCUUCCUGCAGAUGCAUGACUUCUUCCAACAGGACCUAAAGGAGGGUUUCCACGUCAGCAUGCUGAACCGGCGGACGACUCCCGUGUGACCUACCCACCCCCUCUCCGCACAGGCCUCCCCCAAGGUGGCUGUUUGUGUGACACAGAACAGGGUGACCCUUAAGAUUAUAGACAGUGAACUGGAGCUGAGUGUGAUCCUCCCUGGCCUCCAGAAGAUGCCAUGGGCUAGCUCAGAGUGAGGGAAGUUGGGAGAUUGGAAUCAGGGAUAAGGUAGAAACCGAAGGCUGACUUUCUCCCAAGACAGGCUGUUUUUGCUGCCCCUCUGGGUUUUGGAAUUUUUCAGGAGGCCCAAGAAUUUUCCAGAAGCUGCACCAGCCUCCCUCUUGGGAACCAAGAAACCAGUCAUGGCAGAUGUCAAACGCAUCCCCCUUCACCGGGUGCCGGGCUACAGGAAGGCCUCUGGGCUCCCAUCGGCUGUUUCCUGCCCAGAAGUUUCUGUGUCCUGGAGCCCGAAUUGAGCCUAAGUUCAUUCCGUUCCCCCUCUGUGUCUCCCCCAACUUCUGUCUGGCGCCCUGGUGAAGCUGGUGGUUGUAAAUAUCAUCUAUCCUGAAGAGAAAGCUUUAUGGCUAACUGGUGCUUCGGCCUUGAGCUGCCCUGGGGCCGGUUUCUCUCCACCUCAGGAGAUCAAGAAUCCAUGGCAAAUUCAGAGGCUCUGCUGGCUUUCCUACCUGCUUCUGGAAGUUUCUGCUGA